GUGGCCAAAAAACCUGCACUCGGAAGUAGAAUAAUCAUGAAAAGACCAUAGAGCUGAAACAGAAAGGAAGUUCAAGAUAAUUCACGUGUCUGGAGAGAGGGGGAAAUGUCCGCUUCCCUGCUAAGAAAGGGACUGGAACUACUGGAGACGGCGGGAGUGUCCGAGUCCUCCUCUCAAAGAUCAGGGACCGCCGCCCGACCUAAUAAUCUGUUGAAAAAGAAGAAAAACAAGCAGUCAAGGUCCAAAAGAGACAAGGCCACAAUCAAAGGAAGAAUUAUCAAAUCUGCAUUAGAGGAAUAUCAGAAACAUCAAGCAGCUGACCACUUUAAGAAGAACAUGCAGUAUAUGAUGGGUACUCAUUUUGUGGCAGACAGUACAAUUACUGAAAAGAUUUUAACUCAAAAUAGAGGGAGGAAAGCUAAAGAUCACCCUGUAGAAAAAGUGAAAAAGAAGAAGCCAGAAGGAACUGUCUUCACUGAAGAAGAUUUCCAGAGAUUUCAGAGAGAGUAUUUUGGAAGAGCUGGAACAAUUUGACAAAAACAACUUGUCCAUCAUUGCUAACAAUAUCAGCAUCAGUGAGCAAAUGCUUGCCAGUAUCAUUCUGGUCUGGAAGUGCGUCUAUUAUAAGAUUACAGUAUUUCUACAUAUGAUCUGCUCAGUUGUUGCACUUCAUAUGGAAUGAUGGUUUGUGCCCAAAGUGGAGAAUCCAGAUCUUUGAUGCUGAGUUUGGACAUAUGACUCUCAAGAUUAUCUUUUGACUCUGCUAGAAAAAAUAUCUACCUUCAACCAGACAAAACAGUCUUUUGCCACAUUUGUUAGGAGUAAAUUAAGUUAAACAAGUAAUUUAUACAUAUGGAACAGAGAAUUUGGAUUUCAUAUUGCAAUAUCGGAGCUGAAAGUAUGUGCUUUAUUGCACAAAGUUUUGCUGCAACAAACUAAAAAUUACACUUCUAAGUGUGAAUAUGAAACCUUGAUUUAAUUCAUAGCCAAAUAUUUUUAGUUCCUUUAUAAUAAUGUAGAAAUAGUCAGUUAUAGGCAUUUGAAGUGCUUCCACAAGGAUAUCAAUGUUAUUUUUGCUGUACUUAAGAUGCAAGUAUAAGAAGUCACUUUUAUGUGAUACCUUUUAGGAAAAGGAUACCCCUGCAAACUCUUUUCUUCUCAAAAUGUAGUUUGUAUAAUUUCCUACCAUAUUGUUAGUUACUAUACAAGUGUUUUUGAGUUUAUUCAAUGUAUCACUUGUCAUUUCUUUAAUAAAUGAAAAAAUUUUUAUAGAAAUAAAAUGACCAAUUACACCAGA